AUGACUGAAGUUCAUAACAACAACCAACAACUAAAACCGGUCAAUAUGGUGAAGGUCUUGCCUGUAUUCAAACCCGAAUCCUCAAAUACAGUCGGUAAUAACACUGUUACUCAAAGUGCACCUAAGAACCCAGUUAAUGUUAUCGGUAAACGUCAAAUCUACAUCAACAGAUCUGCCAAAGCACCUGGGGCCACUGGAACCCCCGUUAUUCUACCAUCAGGAAAACAACCUAACCGUUGCAUUCAAAUUGUCCCUCAGUCGUCCCCAACACCCAGUCAAAUGCCAACAAAUGGGAUUGAAAAACAGGAAAGUCCCCACAACUCAUCGCCAUACCUGAAGCCAAAGUCCACUUCCCCAAUGAAAGCCUUUCGAUCACGCAGAAAUGAAAUUAUUGACAAUGCCAUGAAGCGAAUGGCGGAGAAGUUCAAAAUCAGGUCCACUCUUAAACAGUCCACCAAGCCAUUAUCCCUCUUCCUUCGAAAGGCAAUAAAACAUGAAGAAGACGAAGAAGAAGAAGAUGCAACUGCCGUUGUCCGUUCACGGAUGCCGAUACGCGUUCAUCCACAUGCAAAUCGGAGAUUCAGUGUGCUGAAGUACAAUAAGGAGGAUGUUGAGUUGUACUCUAAAGAGGAGGUAUUCCUUCAACGCGAGAACAACAUGGAUUCCUACUCCAAGUGCAUGGAGAAGAAGCCUACAUAUGGAGGUGGUAGUGAGUUUGGAGCAGACAGGAGACGGAAUCCUCGAUUUCGAAGACAACAAGAAGGCAGUGAUGUGGAAGAAUACUCG